UUCUCGCCAACGAACUCCUUUGUCUGGACUAAAGUUUGCUCGCAAAAUCUAAAUUGCGACACUCCAUAAACUUGUGUAACUUAGAAACUUGUCAACAGAAUACUUGGGUACCACCAGGGAAUGUAAAUUCUGAAACAAUAAAUUUGGGAACAGGAAAAAUUGUGAGGAUAACUUAUUUAUCCUGCGAAGGGAAACUACCGGUUUUAGAUGGUACCAACGAUCAGCAGGUAGUAAUGCGACCACAACACGUUGGAUAAUUUGUAGAAAUAGCACAAUAGAAAGGGAUUCACUUCAGCGGGCGUAUGGACAAGUGUAUCCAAUUCAGAUGACCGCUUCUGUCCAUAGCUUCGGUUCAAUCGGUAUUUACAAAAGAGUAACAAGAUUCGUCGUUCGCUACACGAAGAUCUCAGCCGCUAAUAGACUCGAUGUAUUUAAGCGUGUGUUCAAAUUGUAUGCAAGCUUCACAGUGUGAUCGAAAGCCUACUGCAGCUUUUGCUAAGGAUGCUAAUGAGCAGGCUCUGUUCGAUAGGUCUGAUCUUCAAGCUUCGUCUAAGUCCACCGGUUGACGAACAACGACGAACAAUUACUUCGUUGCAAUGGGUCUUCUACCUGGAAGUCUGUCACUCGGAGGCGUUGUAGCCAUUAUAUUCCUCGGCUACAUCGGUAGUUCAAUGUACACAAUGUACAAAAUUUAUAACCCUGCUGAAUGUACUGAUGUUGAUUCGAAAACCUGUCUGCAGCCCGCCUGGCGAAAUAAAGGAGAUCUAAAACAUCAGUUAGUAAUGGUUGUCACCACUGAAGAGACGGCAUCACGCAUUAAAAUUGGAAAGCACCAAAUAAUCUUGAAUGAGGCCGAUUUUGACGUUACGCAGACUACUUCAGAUUUGAUUUUAAAGAGUUUUGAUGUACCGCUUUCGGUGAGACGGAAUGGCAGCCUCUACCUUCACGUAUUUCUUGACUCGCGGACACCUUCUGCUGCUGCCAAGGAGCCUCUAGAUCUAAUCUCUUCAUCGACAGCUACCGCGCAUUCUGUUCGACUCUCACGGUAUGCAGUGCCAAAGCCUGAAGCUGUAUCCCUUAUUGGAGGAAAUGGCAAAGAACCACUCAGUGAUGAAGAAAGGUCGAAGGCCGUAAGGAAACGAAGAAAGGCGUCAAUGGGUUCACAGGAGGAGUUAGAACGACCAUAUACGCAUCUGCCAUCAACACUAACUGUAUGCCUUAUGGCAACUCCGCACUCGAUGCCGAUCAAUUCACUGUUUUCUGAAAUAAUUCCACUUCUAAAGUUGACCCAUCAAAACAAAUACGUACCGAUCGCGUACGUCAACACGGCCGCUGUUAUGAACAGAGAUCUCGUGCAUAUAACACCGUCAACAUCGACUUUUGGAAUGAAGGUUUCCUUCAAUCAGAUAACGGUUGGAAAACUUAAGUUCAUCUCCGUUGUUAAAGAGGCACUCAACAACAUGGAACAGUUUGGUAUCUCUGAACAGGAUACGGAUGGCGUGAAAACCAUCUUCUUUGACACCUCCCUAGUACUUCUGCUUACAACAGUUCUUGUCUCCGCACUACACAUGAUCUUUGAUGUAAUGGCAUUUAAAAACGACGUGUCUUUUUGGCGAAAUAUUGAUAACUUUGAGGGCAUCUCAGUGCGAGCUAUCGGAUGGCGAGCGCUAUCGCAGAUUGUCAUUCUUCUGUAUCUGUACGACAAUGACACGUCGAGGCUGGUUCUUCUGUCAAACCUUGUUUCGACUGCUAUCGAGUUAUGGAAAUUGGCUAAAGCAAUGAAGGUUUCGAUCUGUUGGAAGAAAAUUCUGCCAGUCGGCUUUAAGUUCGGUAGUUCCAGUGAGGCAGAGCAGAAAACUGAUGAAAUCGAUUCUCAAGGAAUGAAGCUUCUUUCGUAUAUAUUAUUGCCACUUUCCAUCGGUGGAGCGAUAUACAGCUUGUAUUACCAGCCACAUAAGAGCUGGUAUUCAUGGAGUAUAGCAUCAUUGGCUAAUGGCGUCUAUGCGUUUGGCUUUUUGUUGAUGCUACCACAGCUGUUUCUCAACUACCGACUCAAAUCGGUUGCCCACCUCCCAUGGAGGGUAUUUAUGUAUAAGGCGUUCAACACCUUCAUCGACGAUCUGUUCGCUUUUAUUAUACACAUGCCGACAGCCCAUCGCGUCGCCUGUUUCCGUGAUGACGCUGUUUUCCUCAUAUUCCUUUAUCAACGAUGGCUGUACCCAGUAGACAAGACUCGAGUUAAUGAAUUUGGCAUGUCCUACGCUAUAGACGAGACGUCGGCAAAAUGUUCGCCGAAAAAAAAUGUAGAAGAAUCAAAAAAGAGUAGAUAAUAGCUGGAUAAGGGAAACUAUUGUUAUUACGAGAUGAGCAAAGGGUGCGUUACUCUGGAUAAACUCAUCGGCAAUGCCUUGAGAAUCUAUACAAAUAAUGUAAUAUUUCGUUGAAAGAAAAUUGCAAAGAAGAAAAUCCGCAAAAGCAUGUAUGAUUAAAUGGUUCUGUACUGCUCGUGUGGUUUCUUCACAGCAUCGUGUGUAUAUUCUCUGCACAUUUUAUUCCCCUGCACUUUUUAGGGGUUUCUGUCAUUCUUGUUUAUAGAUAUAAAUAUACGGAUAUCAUGCAUUUUUUUAUUGUGUUUACUAGAAUAAGCUUUUAUGAUAAAUAGGUUUAAUUCACGACUUACCGAGAGAAGGCAUGAAAGACGUUAAAAAUUAGUGCAGGAUUAAGGUAUUAAAAAAGCGACGCAGUACAACAAAACGAGAAAAAAGCUUGGCCAGUUUGAACUAAACUGUCGUCAUAUGCGGUAAUAUUUGUCACCAGAAAAAUAUGCUGCACAUUGCUAAACAUUAAAUGCAAUUUUUUGAUAAUGUCGUGCUGCAGAAAUUACGAAAUUUAUCCAACUCUCAGAAUAAGGUCAUCUGUUUCGGAAAGAGGGCUUAUUGAAAGUGUCAUGACACUUGUGAGCGGCACGAUUGAAGAACGGUUACUGAAGAAAUGAGAACAGACAAAUAAAGCGCCUUACGAAUUUCUUUUACGAUCA